ACAACAUUCGACCCUUAACCAGCAUUGAGAUCCUAUUAUCCAGCCACAGAUAUUCCCAUUUUUUUUAAAAAAAAUACCGAUUCGAUAUGCAGUUCUCUAAGAUAUUCCCAAUCUUCAUGGCACUCCUUCUCCCUCACGUCCAAGCCUGGGGAUGCAAGGACAAUCCCACAGUUGCAGGCUUCCCAUGGUCAGCCUGUCUCAAAAGUACUCAUGAUUACCAAAGCGUCGACUUAAUCGAUGCCCCUUGGCGUGGGGCCGGAGGCUAUGACUGCACAAUGGACGACAAGGGUCAUACGAUCCCCACGUGUUGCUCUAAGCAUGAGGAGGACAUGCCCAAAAUAUUAUCCAAGGAAACCCUCUUGCAGGACUGCAAGCAUCUUGAUGGCAGCCCGUUCGAAUGGCCCCCCAGACAACAUAAUUGGUAAUUGGUGACAAACCCACUAAAUAAAGCAUUUUUUCACUUCGCCAGAGUAUUAUCUUUCAUCAAACUAGCAAAGGCCCAGGUAUUAACCAGUGUUCAUUAUGCUUUCACCAUCCAUACCAACGAGCAUUCUCAAAUUAUCAUGAUGUCUUGCCCAGUAAGGCUAAAAACAUUCUUCAUAGCAAUAAUAGCAUUAACUACUCAUGUAACAUUUAUGCCUCC